AUUCUUCCGAAUCUAAUCCUUCCCUCUGUUUCUCUUCCCAAUUUCUAAGGCUCUGUUUCUUCCUUCUUUUUUCAAUCCUUGGAUUCGAUUUUGCCCUAAUUUUCCCAUCUCCAUCUCCCUCAACUUCAUCUUUCGCCGAUUCUCCCCUUUCCGUCUUCUCAUCCAACCUCCAAAAAUCACCUUCCCUACAAGAUUUUCAAUCCCAUCCACAACAGGGGAAAACCACCGCUUGGGCUUCAAUCGGAUUCUUAGUUUUCCUCUCUAAUCAUGGCUUCCAUUGAUGUUCUUGAACGAGAAGGGAAUCGUUUCCCCUUUUCCCCUCUUAACGAUCCACUCAAUGGUGAUACGGAUUCUCGGGGUAUGUCAAUCGAGAAGAAGAUAGAAUUCUUGGAGAGCUUGACUGGGAAGGUUACCAAUAGGAAGUCUCGCAGAUGGUUAAACGAUCGUCUUUUGAUGGAACUUGUUCCUCGUUUGAAUGCUGAGGAAAUUAGAGGGCUGUUUGCUCCACCACCUUGGGGUGAUGAUGUACGGCCCACAACGUUCUCCAUGACUAAUGCAGAAGACUGGGACAAGUUCAGGAGUAUUGACAUGGAUAAAGAGGCUAAGAUCAUUGGAGUCUUCGAGAACUCAUCUGCUAAGAGAAAGGGUCAUAUUGAUGCAGAUAAAAUGGCUUUCUUGAAUGCUUGGCGUAGAAUUGAAUGUCGAACAAGGGAGGCUCUUCGCCGUAGUUUUCGUGUGGAGCUUGUUGAAGGUUAUGAGGAGUGCAUAAGAUCUUUUAUUUCAGACACUUGUAAAGAAGAUGUCUUAAUCAUGCGAGUUCAAGAUCCAUUCCACAGAUUAUUGCUACAUGGAGUUUGUGAGGUCGAUGCUUUCACUGACUCCGCGUUCAAGGGAAAUCAAGCGGCUGUUUGUCUUUUGGAGAAAGAAAGGGAUGAGAAAUGGCUCCAAGAUUUGGCGGUUGAGUUCAAUAUCUCCGAAACCUGUUAUUUAAUUCGCAUAAACGAUGAAGAAGGGACUGAUGAUUCGCUCAAGCCCCCCUUGUUUAGCCUUAGAUGGUUCACUACUGUUGCUGAGGUAGAGCUUUGUGGUCAUGCAACAUUGGCAGCUGCACACGUACUUUUCUCAACUGGUUUAGUAAAUUCAAGCAUUAUUGAGUUUUCCACACGUUCAGGAAUUCUAACUGCUAAAAAGGUUCCUGAUGUCAAGCAACUUGGGUUUUCAAAUGUUCAUAACAAUGGUAAAUCAGAAGAUAGCUUCUUUAUUGAAUUGGAUUUUCCAGCUAUCCCGACGCUUGAACUCAAUUCUACUGCUGAUGUUUCUUUAAUCUCCAAAGUCUUGAAUGUUGCUUCUAUAGUUGACAUAAAGAUGUGUAACAUCGAUUUCAGUGAUCUAUUGGUUGUUCUUUCUUCAGAAAAAGACGUAGUAGAUUUUCAACCUAACAUUGAUGAGAUAAGAAAGUUACCCGGAAAUGGAGGGGUAAUCAUAACUGGAGCAUCCCCUACUGAGUCGAAAUUUGAUUUUUAUAGUCGUUACUUCUGUCCCAAUUUUGGGAUCAACGAGGAUCCUGUAUGUGGUAGUGCACAUUGUGCCUUGGCGGUCUACUGGGCCAAAAAGUUGGGCAAAUCUGAUUUUGUUGCUUAUAUGGCAUCACCUAGAAGUGGAGUAUUGGACGUCCAUCUGGAUGACCAGAAACAAAGGGUUCUAUUGCGAGGGAAAGCUAUUACUACGAUGGAAGGUGUUGUGUUGGUUUGAAAUUUCAUUUUCAACCAUUGUGUUCAAUCCUCUCUCUCUCUUGCUUAAGAACCUUAAAUAAGUGCUAUUGAUUGAUCAAAUGGUUAUUCUCAUCCAGCACAUUACUUUAUUUAGCCCUUGGAUUUGCAUUUGAAAUUUGGAUGUUGUUCUCUUUUGUAUAUUGUAAUAUGGGAUCAAAGCUGCUUUGAUACCAAAAGCCAAGAAACUUGUAUUGGAUCUAAGAACUGUGUUUAACAAUAAGACCCAAAAUAAUUCAACUUGAAGAGCCCUAAAA